GCGGAAGAAAACAGAAGACAACUUUUGCAGAUCGCAAGUCAACCUGGAAAUGACACUUGCGCCGACUGUGGGGCCAAGGGAAUGUCAUCCCUUGCUGAUGUUACAGCGCAGAUGUAGGAUUGUUCUAGUGAGAGUGUGCAUAUCAGAGGGAGUCCGUACCACUCUAAAUACAGUCAAACCUGUCCUGGCGGCCACCUGUACUCAGCGAUCCUCAGUGGGCAUCUCUGACUCUGGGCUUGUUUGUGUGUCUCGACUGUGCCGGCAUCCAUCGUGUUCUGUCACUACGAGUCAAGUCGAUCAAGCUAGACAACUGGGACCAAGAGCAAGUCGAUGUAAUGAGGACACUUGGUAAUGAGAAGGCCAAAGAAACGUAUGAAACAUGUAUACCACCAUUUUACAGACGGCCAACACAAGAUGAUGUUCAUGUAUUAAAAAAGGAAUGGAUACUGGCAAAGUACGAGCGGGAGGAAUUCAUCAGCAAAGAACAACAGAAUUACGACUGCACGAAGAAAGAGGGAAUAUUAUUCAAGCUAGGCAGAGAUAGAAAAACAUUUCAACCCAGAAAGUUUUGUUUAAACAGAACAAAUAAUAAACUUGAAUAUUAUGUUAAUGAACAAUUGAAACCCAAAGAAGAGAUUAAUUUGGAUGAUGUGAAUGCAGUAUUUGUUCCAGAAAAAAUAGGUCAUCCAAAUAGCAUGCAGAUCACAUUCUUAAAAAAUGGGUCCACAAGAAGUUUAUUUGUCCAUUCCGAAACAUCAAAGGAUAUUGUAGACUGGUACUAUGCCAUUAGAGCUGCCAAACUGGACCGGCGGAAAAUAGCCUUUCCUGAUAGGAAUAUAGAACAGCUGGCCGAAGACUUGACCAAAGAUUUUCUCUUAGAAGGCUGGCUGUAUAAGAUGGGACCACGCAACGAGCCAUUCAAACGCAGGUGGUUCAUACUCGACAAGAGGAAGCUCAUGUAUUUUGAAGAACCUCUGAACGCAUUUCCUAAAGGUGAAGUGUUCAUAGGGAACCGUGAGUCAGAUUAUUCUGUGACGAAGGGAGCAACAGAGGGCAAGGGAGGCAGUCCUAACUGCUUCACACUGAACACACCGGAACGGAAGUUUGUGAUGAAGGCAGAGUCCAAGGAGGAAAUGGAUAAAUGGGUGGACCAGCUGCAGAAGGUGGUCGAGAUGCCUCUCACUCCACAAGAUAGCAAAAUGGCAACUUUAUUAGUUGCUAAGAAACCAUUUAAUCCAAUUCGGCGGUAAUAUGUGAAGAAGACUUCAGUGAUAUAUUUCAAACCCAAGUCAGGAUAACCAUCAACUGCCACAGACUGGUUCUCUUGGGAGUUGACUGGGUUCCUUGUUUAUAACUGUGUUUGGAAAGACAUCAAAUGCAAAAUAUUCUUACAGUAUUUUAAACAUUAUUGAAGUCACCUUUAAGACUUCAACUUUACUCAUUAAUCUCAUCAAAGAUAGGAAAAUCAAUUAUGAGAUUUCGUAAUUCCAUAUUUAAACUUAUUUAAAGGUAUACAGUCCUCAAAAACAUUGUGUAAGAGAUUAUAGGUGAUUCUCAUACACAGAGUUGUUUGAUUUAAAUUCCCCCAAAUCUGUGGUUGGGAUGAUCCUGGGAGAUCAACACAAUAGAAGGUGUCAAGUGAAGCCACUCUACUUCAAUGUGGUAAAUUGGACGAAUUUGGGGAUGCUCUAGAGUCAGAUCUAACAGAUGUGUCUUGAAGUCACUGACUUCACAUGUCAAAUCAUCUUAUAUAGCCAUCCUGGCUAAACACCAAGUACUUAAACAUUAACUCAAUAAUCCCCAAAAUGCAUUUUGUUGCCUCAUUUCUAGAUGUUUGAGGUAUUUCCUUUCAGAAUGCAGUGAAGCUUCCAAAUCGUGUAUUAAAUAGGGAGCAAGUAUUCAAUUCAGAAGCUCCAAAUGAAAGUAAAAAAAAAAAAAAUCAAAUAAAUUUAAAUUUUAAAAAAUCAGAUUUAAAAAAAAAAAAUAAUUAAAUCAUGAUUUUUUUCAACCCUGAUCAUACACCCAGAAAUACAUUUCACAUGGAUGCAGGUGUGUGUAUGCAGGGGUUUAUACAGGAGGAUGUUGACUGUGUCGAGCAAAGUUUACAGGGGGAGGGAUUUGAGUCAUGCUCCAUCGGAAAAUAUAUUGAAUAAAAAAAGGGGGAAAUAUUCUUGAGCAACAGGGUUUUGACCCCCAAUAUCCUCCACCUGCACAUACUGGAACUAUAUGUUAAAAAAUUACUGUUUAAAGGAAAAAUGUAAGUUUUACAUAUAAAUACCACAGAGGGUUGAGAAGAACAAGUAGCUUUAAUAAACUAACUUUUAGACAGAAAUGCCAGGUAACUUUCAGGGUUGAGGGGACCAAGUACCUUUAAUAUAAACAGUGGUGGAUCUAAGAUGGGCCCUGGCCCCCAUAAUUUUGCAACAAUUUUAUAUAUAUAUAUUUUUUUUUCUUUUCUGUUUUACGUUGGAGAAUCUAACAUUAACUUGGGGCCCCUUGAAUUGAUUUUCUGGAUUCGCCACUGAUAACACAAAUGCAACUACAGCCAUAUUAACCCUUUAUGUUCCUGUCGGCAAAACUAAGCACAACACUUCACAACUAAGCAUUUAUGAACUUUUAUUCCUAAACUCCUGUUUCGUAAUGUAUGUUGAACAGUGAAUCUGUUGGUACUGAGCCAUCAUUAUAUUGCAAACUCCACAUUACUGUUAUCUGUUAAAUGUCCAGUUACAAAUGUAGUUCAAAACAUUAUCUUAACUUUGACAUUGCAGAGGUAUCAGUGCAAUAAAUCAACAAAUGUCAUACUUCAUGUUUUUAUCAAAACUUUAUUGUUUCAAAAUAUAAAAUGGAAGGUUUUUUUUUAAUAUUUAAUGUUCAGAAUGUUUUGUAUAAGCUUAACAUAUUUCAUUAUUGACUGAAAUCUAUAUUGCUCAAAAUUAUUUAAAACGACAAUCAAUUCAAAUAGUUUUCAUUUCUAAUUGAAACCAAAAUAUGUUCUGCCAUUCAGAAACCUCUCUACACUGGACAUCUGGGGAACCAAGUAAAGUUUUAAAGGGGUAUGCGGUUUAGAGAGAUCCUGUUCUGAAUUGUUUUGAGGGGAUUCUGGUUUACAGCGUCUGGUUUUGAGAGUUUUCAUUGGACUAUAAAACAUUAAACUUCACAGAAAUAAAGAAUUGUAUGUGUUUAAUAUACUGUUAAACAGACAUAUGUGCAACUGAAAAUCACAUGUGUCACAAUUGGCAGCAGGAUUUUUGUCCAAUCUUGAUCUACUCAAUUUACAAUGCACUGAAAAAUGAAUGGUCACAAUAAUUAUUGGAAUCAUUACAUUGCUUUCACUGUUCCUUACAUUCAGUGAAACAAAUAUUAAUCUCAUGCUUGAUUAGUUGUAAUGCUUACUAAGCAAUGACUGUAUGCAUUAGUGAGCUAUAAUAUAUAAUUUAUAGGUGUAUCAUCAUAGUUGCAAGUGUAAUAUGUCAUGAUUUGUGAUAUAUAACUGCGAAUUAGUCUAUUCCACACCUAGUCUUUGCAGAAUUACAUGUAAUUCAAGAAUAUCAAAAGCAUAGUGUGUGGACAACAGGCAUAAACAGUGACUUAAUCCAAAAUUCUGGCAAAAAACAAAGUGAACAAACAAAAAUUUUGCCAUUAAAGAAUUAUAUAUUGCUUAACUUGUCAGCCAACCUCUAAAGAGAUCCCAAUAAAAUUACAGGCAAUAA